AUGUCCGCCCGCGCCUCCGCAACGUCAUUUGCGUUCGCUCGCUCGUUACCACGCGCGCGCGCAUCCACGAACGACGACGUGUCGACGUCAGCGCCGCGCUCUGUCGCUCGCACUGUCGCCAACGACCCAAACCUCUGGCUGGAAAAUUGGUUCGCGUGCGUCAAUGCCGACGCCAUUCGCGUGUUGGCCAAGCUACCGGUGGCGAAGACGCACGCACGGACGCUCGGGUGCGUGGAUGAGGAGCGCGGCGUCUGGAUUCCGGGCGGACGGACGCUCGGCAUGAUCGCUUCAGGACGCGGCGACGCAGAGUUCGUGCGCGAGUUAUUCAACGUCGUCGGAAAGCCGCACUUUGACCUGACAGACGACGACGGACGAGUAGCGAUGCACUAUGCUGCCGCGAAGGGAAGCGUGGAGAUCGUGCGCGCAUUGGUCGACAUCGGAUUAGACGCGGACGCGAGGGACGACGCCGGCGCGACGCCGCUCGUUGAGGCGACGACCCGAGGGAACGUCGAGGUCGUUUCGUACCUCAUGGAUCUCGGGGCGGAUGUGACGGUAAAGACGGGAGAUGGCAUCGCGUUGGAUGGAUACCUCGCGCAGGCCGCGCCGAGGUUCAAUGAUUUACUCCUUCGUGCGCUGAGGAUGAGCGGUCCCGGCGGUUGCGGCAGACUUCGGAGAGGUCAGAAGACGUAUCUCAGAGAUCGCGCGCGACUGAGCGCCAUCUUGAGUUCGCUCUCAGUGGAACAGCUCGUCGAUUUAGCGGUCGAUUGGCGCGCGUCGACGCGAGAUGUUGGUCGCCCGCCGGAGAAGAGAAAACUCGUCGACGCCUUGCUCGCGACGACGCCAUGA